GGCAGAAAUUGUUACCCGGGCAAUAAAAGUCAUCGCGGUGGUAGGACCUUGGGAGUGGGCACAUGGGGGCACGGGGGUGCAGGUGCCAAGCACCAUGGGUUAGGCCCGAGAUUGGAGUCCGGCCGCCCCCCGACAGCAGCCGCCUCCUGCUCCCCGCGCGCCCCGGGCGCCACCAUGUCGGGCGACAAACUCCUGAGCGAACUUGGCUAUAAGCUGGGCCGCACGAUAGGUGAGGGCAGCUACUCCAAGGUGAAGGUGGCCACCUCCAAGAAGUAUAAAGGGACGGUGGCCAUCAAAGUGGUGGACCGCCGGCGAGCGCCUCCGGACUUUGUCAACAAGUUCCUGCCUCGAGAGCUGUCCAUCCUGCGGGGGGUACGGCACCCGCACAUCGUACACGUCUUCGAGUUCAUCGAAGUGUGCAAUGGGAAGCUGUACAUCGUGAUGGAGGCAGCAGCCACCGACCUGCUGCAGGCCGUGCAGCGCAACGGGCGCAUCCCGGGGUCGCAGGCGCGCGAACUCUUCUCGCAGAUCGCGGGCGCCGUGCGCUACCUGCACGACCACCACCUGGUGCACCGCGACCUCAAGUGCGAAAACGUGCUGCUCAGCCCCGACGAGCGCCGCGUCAAGCUCACGGAUUUCGGUUUCGGCCGUCAGGCGCACGGCUACCCGGACUUAAGCACCACCUACUGCGGCUCGGCCGCGUAUGCGUCACCCGAGGUGCUUCUGGGCAUCCCCUACGACCCCAAGAAAUACGACGUGUGGAGCCUGGGCGUUGUGCUCUACGUCAUGGUCACCGGGUGCAUGCCCUUCGACGACUCGGACAUUGCUGGCCUUCCCCGGCGCCAGAAGCGCGGCGUGCUCUACCCUGACGGCCUCGAACUGUCGGAACGAUGCAAGUCCUUGAUCGCCGAGCUGCUACAGUUCAGCCCGUCCGCCCGGCCCUCGGCGGGCCAGGUGGCGCGCAAUGGCUGGCUGCGGGCCGGGGACUCCGGCUAGGAGCCGGGGUUCUCGCUGUUCCCGCCGCACCAGGCACAGAGCCAGGGCGGCGCACGCGCGAAGGACGAGGUUCGCGAAACCCGCGAAGUCGCCGCGCGUCACUGCGCACGCGCCCUGUCCCUUCCCCUUCCCUCACGGCGGCGGCCCACCGAGGCCGGCUGUUGGAUUCUGAUUCCUCCUGCACAACCCGAUUGCUGGAGAGCGCAUGCGCAUCCUCGAUUUCUGGCGAGAAGGCCCCGGGAGGGGCGCAAAGAGAAGAGAGAGAAGCAUUGCGCCUGCGCGGAAUGAGCGGUUGCACAGUGGGUCGCCGCGGUGCGGAGAAACUGCGGGCUGGCUGUGCACGCCGAGUUCCAGGUUGGAACCUGCAAUAAAUUCGCUCUUCCUCGCAAAUGG